GCUUUUGAAGAGGAGAGUUCAAAUCAUUUCGAUUUGCCACAUUUUUCUGAAGCUAGUCUCUAUAAGAUGUCUGAGGAAGCUGCUAGAGAUCUCACUGCACUACCUGAAGCUGGGAAGAACAAUGAAAAUUCCUGUAAUGGGAGUGUUCCAGUGACGGUGCUUAAGAGCAUUGAUAAAAAUCAUAAAGAAAAGGAAAGAGAAAAGCCUGUCUUACUGGCUGAGCCUGCCCUUAAUGGAGACAAUAAGGUGAAUACUGGGGCAGAGAUUGGAAAUUCAGAAGUAGAAUACAUAGAAUCUGAGAAUUUGAAUGAUGUAGAAGAUGUCGACACAAAUCUGAAGACUCUGUUGACUGGACUAGACUCCAAGGAUUGGGUUUUAGUGUGUGAGGCACUCAAUGAUGUUCGGCGUCUGUCCAUAUUUCACAAAGAAGCAAUGGUUGAUAUGUUGGGAAAUGUGAUCUCUCUUAUUGUGAAAUCUUUGAAAAAUCCAAGAAGUGCUGUUUGUAAAACUGCUAUUAUGGCAUCAGCUGACAUUUUCAAAGCAUACUGUGACAGCAUAGUUGACUUGAUGGAUCCACUGCUUGUACAACUUCUUCUGAAAUCUUCACAAGACAAGCGAUUUGUAUGCGAGGCAGCUGAGAAAGCUCUAAUAGCUAUGACGACAUGGGUUUCUCCAUCACUAUUAUUACCGAAGCUGCAACCUAAUCUGAAACACAGAAAUCCCCGAAUUCGAGCAAAAGCUUCAAUGUGCUUUUCUCGAAGUGUACCACAUCUG